UUCUGAAACCGUUCGAGACCUCACCCCCUUGAAUCCAGGAGAGACACUUCUGCUGGCCUCCUGGGGCUGUGGUUGAGCGAGCUUUUGCUGCGGACGCGGCGGGUGGGUUGCUGGCCGUCAUCGGGCCAGGCUGGAGCGGGGUGUCCUCUGGUGCUCACUUGCCCAGUUCCAGCCAGAAAGAAAAGACACAGGAGAUCUUGCCUGGAGCAUUGAUAAGCUUUUGCAUAGCAAUGAUGGCAUGUACUUGGUCUAUCCAGGCCAACAUGGACCAGGAUGAACUUUUGGAAGUAAAGAUAGAGGAAGAGGAGCUGGAGGAGGAGCAUAAACACGCCACUAGGCAGGAUCAGAACCUGCAAAAGAACAAUACCCACAGCAGGGAGGUCUUCCGACAGUACUUCAGGCAGUUCUGCUACCAGGAGACAUCUGGGCCCCGAGAGGCUUUGAGCCGACUCCGGGAACUUUGCCAUCAGUGGCUGAAGCCAGAGACCCACACCAAAGAGCAGAUUCUGGAACUGCUGGUGCUGGAGCAAUUCCUGACCAUCUUGCCUGAGGAGCUCCAAGCCUGGGUCCAGGAACAGCAUCCAGAGAGUGGGGAAGAGGUGGUGACUGUGCUGGAGGAUUUAGAGAGAGAGUUGGAUGAGCCAGGAUAUCAGGUCUCAGUCCACACUGAGGAACAGGAAAUGUUCUUACAGGAGAUCAUACCCCUAAAAACAGAACAAGAACCCAGAAUGUGCUUUCUGUCUGUGCAAGCCCAGCCAAAGUGUGAAUCUGCAGAACUUGAAGCCCAACAGAAGCAAGAUAUUGAGACUGGAAAUGAGUAUAGGAAUUUAACUCUAAAGCAAGAAGUUUCUCAAGAAAUGAAACCAUAUGGGAAUAUAGCUAGCAAAUUUGAAAAUGAAAUGUCUCAACCAGCUAGGUAUGAAAAAACAUAUGAACCUGAAGAAAAAACAGGAGAGUCUUCUGAAUAUUCAAGGGAAGAUAAAGAACCUACAUGUGAUGAAAAUGGAAUAAGUUUAACUGAGAACUUAGAUCUUUCUGAACACCAGGGAAUUUGUCCAGGAGAAAAGCCUUAUGUAUGUGAUGUCUGUGGAAGAGCUUUUAGUCAACACUCAUGUUUCGUAGAACAUCAGAGGAUCCAUACUGGAGACAGGCCCUACAAAUGCAAAGAAUGUGGAAAAACUUUCCGUGGGAGAACUGUGCUUAUUCGACACAAAAUAAUACACACAGGAGAGAAACCAUAUAAAUGUAAUGAGUGUGGCAAAGCCUUUGGCCAGUGGUCAGCUCUUAAUCAACAUCAGAGACUUCACACAGGAGAGAAACAGUACCACUGUAAUGAAUGUGGCAAAGCCUUUAGCCAGAAAGCAGGUCUCUUUCACCAUCUCAAAAUCCACACAAGAGACAAACCUUAUCAUUGUACUCAGUGUAAUAAAAGUUUUAGUCGGCGCUCAAUUCUUACCCAACAUCAAGGAGUUCAUACUGGGGCAAAGCCCUAUGAGUGCAGCGAGUGUGGAAAAGCCUUUGUUUAUAACUCCUCCCUUAUUUCCCAUCAGGAGAUCCACCACAAAGAAAAGUGCUAUCAGUGUAAGGAAUGUGGGAAGUCCUUCAGUCAGAGCGGCCUUAUUCAGCAUCAGAGAAUCCAUAAUGGAGAGAAACCCUACAAAUGUGAUGUAUGUGGAAAAGCCUUUAUUCAGAGGACAAGUCUUAUAGAACAUCAACGAAUUCACACUGGAGAGAGACCCUAUAAAUGUGAGAAGUGUGGGAAGGCUUUCACUCAAAGAUCAGUCCUCAAGGAACAUCAGAGACUGCACACCGGAGAGAGGCCCUAUAAAUGCGAUGGGUGUGGGAAUGCCUUCCAUGGAAUCAUCAGCCUCAUUCAGCAUCAGAGAAUCCACACUGGGGAGAAACCCUGCCAAUGUGAUGAAUGUGGCAAAGCCUUCAGACAGAGGUCAGAUCUUAAUAAACACCAGAGAAUCCAUAACAGAGGUGAUCCCUAUACAUGUGAAGUGCAUGGGGAGUCAUUUACACAGAACCCAGCUCUUAUUCAACAUCAGACUACCCACAAAGCAGAAAAAUCUGGUUCUCUCCUAGAGAGUACAAGAAUGCUCCUAGCAGGGAAGGGGCUGCUCGGGGACGGAGCGCGGGACGAUGACGUACUUCCGGCCUUUGUAGGUUUUCUGAGUGAUGCUGCCUGCGCGGCGGACCUGGAGCUCGCGCGAUCCCGAAGCCUCUCGUGGUCACCUGGACACACGCCUCGGGUAGAAGGAGGUCCCGCCCCUGCCCCCGCUGGGGUCGUUGGAGAAGACCCCCUUGUGGAGGCGGAGCUUUGUGACCAGACCCGAGUUAAUCCCAGAAUGGCUUCAGCAGGGGAACAGGAUGGACUUAAGGUUGUGAAGGUGGAGGAGGACCCUAUCUGGGACCAAGAAACCUACCUUCAAGAGAACAACUUCUCUGGCCAGGAAGCCUCCCGCCAACUUUUUAGACACUUUUGUUACCAAGAGACUCCUGGUCCCCGAGAAGCACUGAGCCGGCUUCGGGAACUCUGUCAUCAGUGGCUGAGGCCAGACACACAUACCAAGGAGCAAAUCCUGGAGCUCCUGGUGCUGGAGCAGUUCCUGACCAUCCUGCCUGAGGAGCUCCAGGCCUGGGUACGUGAGCACCAUCCCAAGAGUGGGGAGGAGGCAGUGGCUGCAGUUGAAGACCUGGAGCAAGAGCUCAGUGAACCAGAGAACCAGACCCCAGAUCGUGAACAUGGACUUGCUGAAAUGCUCUCAGGGGAUGCAGUGCAUUUGAAGGCCAAGCAGGAAUCAACAGCUUUCCAGCUUCAGUCCACGGUGACACAGCUCAAAUGUGAAUCUUUUGGGCUCCACAAAUUUGGAGAACAAGAUGGUGAAACUGUACUUGAAAACCAGGACUUGACAUCAAAACAGGAAGUCUUAAAAGAAAUGGGACAUUUUGAGAAUAGCAGACUCCAAAGAGAUGUUCCUUUAGAUUCUAAAUAUAGAGAAAUGUGUAAACGUGAGAGCAGGGCAGAAAAACAGAGCAGACAGCCCACUGGAGAGAGACGUCACAAGUGCAAUGAGUGUGGGAAAAGCUUUACUCAGAAUUCAGUUCUCAUUCAGCACCAGAGAAUCCACACUGGGGAGAAGCCAUAUGAAUGUAGAGAAUGUGGAAAGACCUUCAGCCAGAGGUCAGGCCUGAUUGAACAUCAGCGGAGCCACACUGGAGAGAAACCCUAUCAAUGUAAGGACUGCGGGAAAGCCUUCAGUGCCAGCAAUGGCCUCAUUAGACACAGAAGGAUCCACACAGGGGAAAAGCCAUAUGAAUGUGAAGAGUGUGGGAAAGCCUUCCGCCUGAGCUCGUACCUUGUUCAGCAUCAGAGGAUACACACUGGAGAGAAGCGCUAUCGCUGUAACGAGUGUGGAAAAGCCUUCAGUCAGAAUGCAGGGCUUUUCCAGCAUCUCCGAAUCCACACUGGUGAGAAACCCUAUCAGUGCAGUCAGUGCAGUAAAAGCUUUCGUAGUCGAACACUCCUUAUCAAACAUCAGAGAAGCCACACUGGAGAGAGACCGUAUAAGUGUGAUGAGUGUGGGAAAGCUUUCAGUCAUCAUUGCAACCUCAUUAGGCAUUUUAGAAUCCAUACUGUUGUCAAAUUGGACUAAAACUAACCCUAUGGACCACCAGGGCCUUUCAGUGAGGUGAUCCUUGGGAAAGUAAGAUAUUCAAAUGGCUUAUUUUACUCUUAUGAAAUUUAUCUUGCUUUGGAAUGCAUGAUUUUUUUGCAGACCACGUGCUGCUGUCUCCUGAGUGGAUGACUGUGGGUGUGGGCAUGUGGGCACUUGCUGGGCAACUUCUUUCUUCCCUAUCCCUUGGUUCAUUUCUAACAAUUUCCCUUAAAGCAACCAAAUCUUAACCUGGAAAUAAAUUGGUGUGUAGGGGCCA